AUGCAACGGGCGCAGAUCGGCGGUGAUCAGUUCUGCGAAGACUGGCUCAUCGCGAACAGCAACAAAUGGGCUUCAAAUGUCCUAAUUGUCUACCGUAAAGCAGAAACAGAAGAAGAGUUGGGUCGUGGCAUAGACAGGCCGCGGCAGCAAGCAAGAACAGUAAGGCAACCCGUGGUGAAUAACCCAUAUGUGAAUCAUAAAUUGAUCAACAACAGUGAUUCUGCAGACAAACAAAGACAACAUGGACGCUACAACAGGAGCACAAACAUGGUUAUUUAUUUAGCUGAGCUGCUGAUUCUUAAGAUGUGUGAUCAGAAAAAUUAUGGUGACCAAGGUGAGAUGUUAAACACUGAGGAUGUGGAUGAGCUGUCAGCCAGUGAUGAAUCUGAGCCUGAGAAACAAACCAGCAAUGCUCCCUUUGACCCAGAGCUGGAUGAUGAUGAUUAUGAUUAUGGUGGGGAGGUUGAGAUCUCUGCUCUAGCUGCAGGACACCAAGCUCAGAGUUCCUUCAGUCUGAGAGGAGGGAGUUCAGCUUUCUCAAACCGUAGCCACAGCAUCUUUGAAUGCCUGGACAGUGUUGCUCGGCCAACCGCCUCCUCUCUGAGCCAAGAUGACGUUACAGACGGAGUAUUUGCUCGGCCUCUGCCUCCACAUCCCAGCAGAAAGACAAGUCAGCCUCUGUCCAACUGUCCCACACCGGCAAAGAAAAGAGGCGUUCCGGACUACCUGGUGCACCCUGAGCGCUGGACCCGCUACAGUCUGGAAGAAGUGACAAUGACCUGUGACAAGGGCAACAGAUAUGCAGCUCACAACUUCCUCUUCAGUCUGCAGCAGAGGAAAGAGCUACAAGAGAGCAGGACAGAUUCCUCCUGUGACAUCCAGCAGAAGAUUAUCUUCUCCAGACCCAGCGGGAUGCUAACUGAAAAACCUGCUGAACAGCUGUCAGCUGUUGGAGGCAAAGAGGAGACACACCUCAGUCAUCUGGAGGAGGACGACGAGAAUGAGGAGGGCAUGGAGGAAGCCAGAAACCAGAGUGUAGAAAGGGCGAGAGAUGAAGAAAAAGACAUAAAGGGAGUUUUGGGUCGACCAGAGGAGAAGAAAUCCGGGCAGAAAGAAAAAGAGGAGGAGGAAGAGGCCAACCCCCGCUUUCCAUCUUUCAGGCAGACCAAGCGUAAGAACUACAGGAAAAGCUCAGGGCAAGAUGAUAACUGACCACUACACAACUCUUUGCCACCUCAUCUUUAUGCCAAAAUAGUACAAACCACAGAUGUAAAACACUGACUUUACUGUACUCAGUCCAGAGCACAGCGCAAGCGGGAGGAUUUUGGAUUGAGCCCAAAACAGAUUUUUUGAAAUGUUGGAGCGUUGCCUUAUCACCUGCUCCAAUUUUGCUGCAGUACUGCUCACACCUCUAGUUCGAGAAGCAUCCCCAAGCCUGUCUUUGCGUUACUGCAGCAUAUGCAGAUGAAUGGAGCAUGCCCGUCCUACAGUGGACUUUUUUUCUGGAGGGGCUCCAGGCAUUAAGGGAAGGUGGGCGCCAGUCAUCUAAUAAAUACAAUGCAGCAUUUUUCCUUUUUUGGAGCAAGUGGUUCAGCGAUUUGAGUAGAGCCAGGUGAAAUCUGAGUGGAGCGUAGAGCAAUACUGAGCAAAGUGUCUGGAAGCGAAUUUGGACAAGGGGGCAGAGAAAAUGAACAGCUCUGUGAGCGAAGAGCGUAAAUUCUCACUGAUCAAAUUAUGCUAUGUACUACCAAACCCUUAAACUGAUAAAGAGCAACUUAACAGCAGGCUCAGAAGCAGUGUUUUGCUGACCUCUAGUGAUUUACCGAUGGUUAUGGUUGGACAUGGGUUCUGCUGCACCUGUAACAACACCAAAAAGUGAACUAUAGAAUAAACUGUUUAUCUUUUUUUUUUUUGUUGUUAGCAUGUCAGCUAACUAGCUUACCCUACAUUUAAGUACGCUAGUUUUCAAUCGAGGAGGCAACAUCAACAGCUAACCGUCAGCUAAAAGUGAGAAGCUGCUUCUGGGAAAUCUAACUAAAUCUAGGUAAAUCUACUGCUUUUAUUGUAUUGUAAAAAUGUGUUGAAAAUGCAAGAUUGACAGGCUAGCAACAAGUGUGGGGGGUGGGGGGCAAGGCUGAGUAAUUGUCAGUUAAAUUCAAAUAAGCCUGAAAACAAACGUAAACACACUUUGUUUAAAAAAAAAAAAAAAGAAUCAACAUGAGGGCAGUGAGUGUUAAGUCCAGCUGGUAAUACUGGGGAAGGAAAUUGGAACUGUAGGAAUUUAAAACUUGUAGUCUUUAUCCUGAUUUGAUUUACAUUUUUUUUGUAGCAUGUUCUGUAUAUUGGAAUAGUCUCAAUCUUAAAUAAAAACUUUUGAUUUUUAUU